AUGAAAGCUGACAGAGAGGUUGUAUUGACUGCUAUCAAACAUAGCGGUUUUGCUUUUGCCUUUGUUUCAGACGAGCUUAGAGGAGAUCUAGAAAUUGUAUGGACAGCUAUCCAAAGUUACAACGGUGCUAUUGAAUAUGCCUCACCAGAGUUAUUAAGAGACAAAGAAGUCAUACGGAAUGCCAUUAUCGAGUUUGGACAUUUCCCACUUCUCCGAUAUGCAGUUCCAGAAUUACGCUCAGACAAAUCAUUUGUAAUGGAAAUGGUCAAGCUAAAUGGUAUUCAAAUCUGUGGUGUUCGUGAGCAUUUGAACGACAAGGAAAUAUUGUUGGAGGCUGUGAAAAACAAUGGCUUUGCUCUUUAUUAUGCAGAAGAUGCUUUGAAGAACGAUCCAGAAUUAGUUAUGGAAGCUCUUAAAUGUAAUGGUUUUGCUCUACAGUAUAGCGACGCAUUAUUUCAAGCAAGAAUGGAACAUGGUUAUUUUGGAGCAUUUUUUAGGAAACCUAAUUAUAAUAACUGA